AUGGGCCCCUGUACCGCCUCCUCCUGCUUCUGCCAGGCCCGUAAUCUGCCAUGGGCCCCCGUACCGACUCCUCAUGCUGCUGCCAGGCCCGUAAUCUGUCAUGGGCCCCUGUACCGCCUCCUCAUGCUGCUGCCAGGUCCAGAGUGUGUCAUGGGUCCCUGUACGGCCUCCCAUUGCUGCUGUCUCCAUCGCCACACUCUGCCAUGUGCCACUUUCAGGUCUCCUCACACUGCUGGUGGUUCCAUUUUGUCAUAGGGUGCUGUAUGGCCUCCCAUUGCUGCUGCCUCCACCACCACACUGUGGCUCCACACUCUGGUUUUGGCCCCGUGACUGCCCAAAUGAGUGAAGUGUGCGGUGAUUCUAAGAUCGACGGCACUCAUCUGCAUGUCAUACUGACUGACAGUAUUAUUUCUCUUCCCCAGCAGACUCCAAGGGCAUUUAAAUUAAAGGUACAGUGUUCUGCACUAAUA